AUGGCUACCAAUUUAACCUACCCUACAUUUUGUCUUCCUGAUGAUCCGGCCAACAUUUCUAUUUACCAGAAUGUUGAUACACCAGAUAAACUCAAUGCUACUGUUUUCAACGACAACGGCUUCUUCCAAGAGCAUAUUUCAACAACGCCACUUCCAACAUUGCGCAUCAUCUCCAUACACUCCAAGUCAUCAAUAAAGCCACUUCAAAUCUCAAAGGAUGCCCUCCAGGUGCUCAAAGACACCUAUAAGAUUGGCGAUGAAUUAUGGGACUUGACUUCGACAUUCGGAGACAAACCCAUGACUGCAGGUGUAGGUGAAGGCGCAAUGAAAGUACAAAGUGGUGAGAAUGGGAUUCAAGAUAUUUCUUACAGACUCACAUUUCCAACUCCGGUGGGAGUUGAGGAUUGGACUAUGCGCCAAAUGGGUGUUUUGCACCACCAUGAUCCUAAUGAUCUUCAAAAUCUCUGGAUCUUCUUUCAUGUCGGCCGUAGUACACCCAUGCAGAAAAAAAUUGAGCAGUAUGCCUCGCUGUCCCAGGGGCUACGCUCAGAUUAUACGUGGCUUACGCUUCAUUCUUCUGUGUUCUCUUGUUGUCUGCAUAAUUGGCGUUCCUACAUUAACCGUCUAGGUUAUGACGUGGAUAGACAUAGUGAUAGUUCUCUGGGCUUUAUCCUGAGAAACAUCGACCACGUUUUGACCGCCGGAGGUGACAGCAACUUGACGGCAAUUCACAAUACACGCGACCUUCUCUUACCCACUUCAUACAGAUUGAGGGUCAUAUUGGAAACUCUCACAAAACUAGGUCAUUUGAGCAGUGUUCUGGACUCGCAGUAUAACAGCGCGGACAAUGGCUUUCAAAAGCUUGUCACGUGUGUGGCAUACCACAAAGCUCGUCUUGAGGGGUUUGUUGUUGGGGUAGAAGUCCUAAAGGAGAAGGUCAAGGACAUUUUAAACAUGACUACAUUAGGGUUAGAUUUCAGGAUGACAAACCAGAUGCUCGACCUCAACAACCGAAUGGUUGAAUUAAACAACCGCAUGCUCGGCGCCAAUCAACAGCUGCUCGAACUUGGAACUAAGAGCUUCGACGACAAUGCAACGGUCAAGGUGGUCACUAUAUUGACGCUUAUAUACUUACCUGCAAGCCUUGUGUCGUCUAUUUUCGGAAUGAACUUGUUCAAGUUUGACGAUGGGGCAACCGAGGAAUUCAGAAUUUCUAAGCAAUUCUGGAUCUAUGUUGUUGCUACAAUCAUCUUGGCAGUCAUUACAGUCAGCGUGUAUCUAUGGACUCACAAAGAGCAGGUUAGAAGCCGCCAUUCCCACCCGAUGAAAGGAAUACCGCAGGGUUCUGAGGAAGAUGCCGAAACUUGA